AUGAGUAUUCUGUACGUAAACCGCACUGUUCGCAUAAAGACCACACAGAACAUUAUAUCUGAAAAAAGUCCAGUUGAAGGGCUUCCACUCCGUCAAUGGCAGGUGAAUGUAUUGAUAUUGGGACCCAAUGGCGAUGAAUCACCAGCAUACAUAUUCGAAAAGUGCAUAUAUCGACUUCACCCAACGUUUCGAAAUCCUAUAAGGACCAAAAUCGAAGCACCCUUCGCUCUCGAAGAAAAAGGAUGGGGAGAAUUUACAUUCUCUAUAAGUUGUUUCUUCCUUCGAGGAGCGGGAGAGGUUGAGUUCUUACAUGAGUUAACGUUCCAGGACGAAGUUUAUUACUUGGACUUUAACAUUAAGGUGCCAUGCCAUGUGCCUGAGUUACGUCGAGUGUUAGAGCUCACUGGGCCAGUUCCCGAAGCUGUUGCACCAGCAGACCUUACAUAUAAAACUGAUAUGGAAAAGUGGAUUCAAAAGCUUCUUGCGAGCGACGAAGAGCUGGCCACGAAUGUCGUUAACAAAAUAAUGCACCAUCCUGCAGUUGCGCGAGAAGUAGAAAGAAAACCGUUGGACGAGUGCUUCGUGGUAGACCUUCGUCAACUGCCGGAGAGUUUACUUUGGGAUAUAGGAGAUUACAUUCUAAAUGAGCCGCCCGUCAAAUGA